GUUUAAGUGAUGUGCGUGUCCAUUUUGAAACACUUGACAAGACAAGAAGAUGGCGUUAUCUGAACCAAGACCUGGCCUUAAGACUACAUAUAGCGACUAUGUCACAAUGGCUCGGAACAUCCCUCGAGGGUCUCACCAAGACUUGGAGAAGCUAAUCAGAGGAGAGGAGAGCCUUUACAUGCUGCCAGGAGGAACAUUUGUCGGACUCCUUUUCCAAAACACCUGUGUUCUGAGCAGUCUGUUGGCCGGAAUACAUAUAACAGCAACAAGAUUUAGCAAAAUCAAAGAUUAUUUAAUGACAGACAACACAGUUGGUGCAGUCAUAACUUUUCUCGAUAACAAAAUGUAUAAUGAGGCGAUGGGUCUUUGGCUUAUUAAUUUAGAUUUGCGUGUUGGAAGAAAACAAUACUUUUCCCAAAACGGAUAUCUAGAUUGUAGAGGCUAUGUCGAAGACUUCCUACCAAAUUUUGAUGACCUGACAGAUGUCAAAUAUGAAGACGACAACAACGAUUACGAUAUGAGCCCCUCAGCUCGCAUUUACAAUGGAACACUGAGCAAUUUUAAGGUAUAUGGUCACGUUUACAUCCUGGACACCGUCAUUGACCCUAAACUCAUCCUGGUGAAUAUGCUUGGCCGAAUGGGAAACGGAUAUAUUCCUCCUUAUGUCAUCACGGAUGACUUUUCAAGGAAGUACGAGCUUCAGUUCCUUUUGCUGGGUUUGAUCACAGCAGAGAUUAAUCACAUGGUGGUGUGUGUUAAACUAGAAGGAGGGCGAUGGGUGCUGUAUGAUAACUCGGGAACGCCCCAAUUCCAGGACUUCAACAUGGAGAUAGAAAUGAAGAAAUACGUUGUUUACCUCGCUGCCUACGUGAAUUUGAACAGUGCAUAUCCAGAGAAACAAGUGCAAGAAUCAGAGCAAGUAAAUGACCUCCUCCUGCCAGUGGUUGUAACAGUCAACAACUGCCGAGCAACAUCCCUAUCCCCAUUCAGACAGCCGGUGGAAGAAACAACCACCAACUGUCAGCAGCAAUGAGAGAAAGAUCCUUCCCCCCAAGGUCUGUUCCUAACCAUAGUGUGACUGCAGUUUUUUUCUCUUUCCACUGUCAUCAUAGGCUUGUUUUAAGGGGGAUUUGGCAUUAGACUGAAAUAUUUGAUAAAAAUGUGUUUAACACAUGGGUCGGUGACAGUAAGAGCCAUCGCCAAAAAAACGAGUGUUUGGAGAGAAGAAAUGGAUAAGCCCUUGUCAAGCACAAUUGGGAUACUAGCUGAGAUUCAGCAUCACGGACAGCAAUAGAUUAAAUCAUCACGACAUUUGACAUUCAAAACCACAGGGCAUUUUUAUCACUCUUAGGCUUUCGUUUCAUUGUAGACUAGGCUGCAGGGAUGGUAACAACACAGCUAACUUACACACAAACAUGCAGCCUGUAUGAGAUGUAAACAUACCACUUUCCCGCCACAGCUGAAUCAACUGUUAAUGUGUGGUAGGGAUCAGAGACACUUUCCUUUGUGCAACUUGACUGCAUUCCUAACAAGUUAUGUUUUUUAUUUUGAAAUCAUUUUUCAUGUAGUCUAUAUUAUGGAAGACCGACCCCUGAUUUAACAAAAUAUGUGUUGAAUGACUUGUAAAUGUUUGUUUUAUCUUUGUCUCUCCCCUGUGGGAGUGGAAAGCGCAGAGGAGUGUGGCUGAGGGCACCCUGGCCUGAAUACACCCAGACAUUCAUUGCCUGAUCCCAGUCCUAUGGAACCCCUGCUGACCAAGUCCACCUGGUUGUGCUGCUGAUCCCAGUCCUAUGGAACCCCUGCUG